GUUGCUAUGACAACAUGUCAACUGCCCAACCAAACUCUGGUGGAUUUUGGAAUACGACAAAAGUCGUGUGCAGUGAAGAUACCAGAAAACUUUUGAAAUCUCUAAUUAAAGAGUCAAAUGUUGCUAACUCAUAUCGACAUCAGUUGACUUCGCAGAUUGCAACAAGUGAGUCCUUUGCUAGCAAACCCCGCAAUCAAGGACGUGCGCCACAAAGAGAUGUUGCACAAAAGGUUCCGAGGAAAGCGAAAUUGAAGAGUUCAAGGCCUGGAAUUCGCCCAAAACACGUUAUUCAGGCUAUGUUGGAUCAGUCCCUUGGUUAUAAACCUCCCCCAGUACCAAAAACUGCAGGUCAAGCUGAAAAACUUCGUCUGGCUCAUUUAAUGACAUAUGGGGAAGUGCAAAAACCUAGACACCCGGCAGAGAUAAACCCGCAAAACGGACGUUUCGCUUAUCUUAGACGACGCAUAGAGGGAACCAAGAAACUGGCAAAAGACGUGACUGGUGAACCGAAUGAAGAAGACAGAUUCUCUGAAUUGACAAGGGAAGUGAAAGAGCGCCGACAGUUCCUCGAUCAAAUGCGUGUCAUGGGAAAGGAACAGCAAUAUAAAAAUCAAGUUGAAACCGAGAUUUCCCAGGUUGGGAAUCAGUCAUGCAUACGAUCGUCGGACAAAGGCGGCCGAUUGUGGGGCCGGAAUCGAUGUCAUCCACCUGGACUUUUCCAAACCUUCCGACCGCCUGGAUCACGACAUUCUGUUUCACAAGCUAUUAAGCUGCGGAAUCGGGGGUCCUGUUCGUGGAAAAACCUAAAGUUUUAUUUGCCAACAGAGGCCUCAAAUGCGUGUUGGUGGAUCUCUCUCCAACCCGAUUGAGGUGGAAUGCUGUGGUUCACAGAGCUUGAUAAUGGGACCGUACUUAUUCGUAAUGUCUAUUAAUGAUUUGGCCACAAAUUGCUCGCUUACCACUGAUGACGCAAAGAUAUGGCGAGCGCUUAAUACUAGUGCUUUUCACAAUUUUCCCAAACGAGACCUGGAAUGCGUUCACAAGUGUUCAAGGAGGAACCUACUCCAAUUGAACACAUCCACGUGCGUCAACAGUCGGUGAGCGUGUACAAGCUUACAGAGAGCUUCUCAAGAGUGUGACCGUGUAUGCGGGUCCAGUAAGAUCUCGGCUACUUGAAACAAUCUGUGAAGAUGACAAGAACGGCUGAUUCAUGAAAUGGAACAAAUCGAUUUGAAGCUUUCUUCCGAACUACACCCGGCAAUGGAAGCAAAUGGAAGGGUAUCUUAACGUGAACCCGCAGACAAUACAUUUAUUUUAGAACUGAUUUCUUAACACCUGCUGGUAGACUAUUUCAUCCCUUUCCAACCGAUUGCGGUUUAUAUUUGGGUUCGGCCAUCCCCAGCUGAUGCGCGUUAAAAGGAGCAUCAAACGGCUUAUUGAGCACAGCACCAGCAAAGCCUUCGAACACCUAUUGCUACCACGCUACGCAUCCAGUUUCACAUACCUGAGUACCCUUAUCCUCCUUUACUUACUAAUCUAGCUACUGCUAAAUUUUCCAAUACGUUACGGUCCCCUUUUGAAAGUGGUUGGUGAACUUAUUAGGGCAACUCCUCUAAUUGCCGCUAUUUCUAAGCGCCGUGGUAGUUCACCGUCUACUCUCUUCCUGGUCCUGAUCAGCAGCCAACUGAAAUAGCACCUUUUCUUGGCAACACCGAACACUUUUCUGUGGUAAUGUCUCACUGUUCUGAAUUUCCACGAAUUGCUUUGUAAACAUAACCUUUUUCCCACACCAAUCUGUAUGUGACGCAGGUAUGCAUUUUGAUUUUCCAUAGGUGAGUAAACACCUGUUAAUUC